GUCGGAUUUUAACUGUCAAAAUUGUUGGCAUCAAACAACCAACACAGGCGUGGCCUUUUUUAGUAUUUUUGAAUUAAAAUCUAAUUGAAUAUCAAAAACUCACUGGAAAAUAGUGCCUAUCAUUACAGCUGUGCCAUUAUAAUCUGAUUUUUUUUAUAGAAUUGCAUUUCGACUUGUAUUAUUACGAUUCUGACUAUAAAAUCCAAGAUUGUUCACGGUGUCUAAAUAAAUUGUAAAAACAGUGUUGUUUCAUAAUGUACGGGCGUAAAACACCGUCCACGUAUCGGUCGACACCUUCUGUAUAUUCUCACUACACAGGAAAGUCAUCAACGAACUUAAAAUCGUCGAAGUCUGUCCGGUCCUUGCGUCUGCCCUGGUACCAGAAGCCUAUAUUACACGAUGCAUACUUCCUUGAUCUGCAAAGAGGUUCACUGCUCACAGGGUUCAUUUCACUUAUUAUAGCUCUGUUCACAUUCGCACACAGCGUGUUUGACCUCUACUGUCUGGGUAUGGCUGCCCCGGGUUCGGUGCAUUACGGCUACUAUGUCAUUAGUUUCCAGUUUGUGUAUGUUGGAAGCGCACCUGUUCGCAAUGUCCUGAUUGUAUUUGCACUCUUCUCUUGGGUUGGCUCAGUAGCCGUUAUAGUGACCAGUAUCAUUCUAAUCAACGCUUUGAGAAAGGAAUACGAGAAACGCGUGGUGCCAUGGCUAUACUGCUUCGGUGUGUUCAUAUCCUUCCGCCUCAUAGCAUUCAUUUUCGCAGCCAUAGUUAAUGAUAUGAUAUUCGCGUACAACGUGCUCCUGUGCCUUAUAUGGAUUGUGUUCUGUGUGAUCGGUGUUUAUGGUUGGCUGUUGGUGUACAGCCUGUAUUUGGAAUUAUCCGAUUUGACGAAGCUUGAAGAUUUGGCGCAUUUGAGGAUGGGUACAAUGGCCUCACUGAACGCUUCCUUAGCUGGGUCGAGGCCAACCACUCCACACAGCACUGUAUCCACUAUGCCGGCCUCGCAAAUAUGAUGCGAGAGGCCACGGGGCGAGGCCGUUGACACUAAGGCUGAGGAUAAAACGGCCUUACACUUAAAGACCGAUGAUAAAACGGCCUUACCCUUAAAGACCGAUGAUAAAACGGCCUUACACUUAAAGACCGAUAGUAAAACGGCCUUAGACCUUAAGGCAGAUGAUAAAAUGGCCUCAGAGAAUAAGGCCGAGGCCUCGGAUGUCGAUGAAACUACGCCUCUGUCGCCAGACGCAGAAAACGGUUUUGAAACUACUGUUUGAGGUUUGCAAAAAAGACUUUAUAGUAUUAGUACCUAUUGAUGUAACAAUUUUUGUACUCUGUGAAUAGCUAAGUCUUACAGUCAAUAAUAGAUUGAGUUUUUAUCUCGUAAAUAAUUGUGAGUUUUUCGGCUGCACUCGGAGAGGUCAAUUAUUUUUAAGUUUGACUAAAGUUGUUGAUGUCACUGUCGCUUUCUUAACAAUAGAAUGACUUGAUUAAGUAUUAUAUUAUAAUAGUUGACCUUUUUUGAGUUAGACUGACAGAAUGCAGUGAAUUUUUUAUUUCAUAUUUUGUUUUAUUAAGUAACAGAACGAAGAAUCUCUUGAAUAUUAUUAGAUAGCUUAACUAAUAUUAAUGAUGAAAAAAUGCCUUAUAACUUAGAUAUAGUGAAAAUUGUGACUUAUAUAAUUUUUAUACCUAAUAGCACACCUUUUUAAUGAUUAAUUUAGUUGUAAGCGUUAGGGUUUAUGCACAUUGUGCGUUUCCUAAGUUUAGAUUCUUACGCACCAGCUUCGUAACAAAAAUAAAAUAUUCAAAUUAUAAUUUUUGAAGCAUUUAACUGCUAGAUGUUUAAAUCUAAAGAAAAUUUUACUAGAUAAAUAUUCACACGUCCCAAGCAGCGGACAAAAUAUUGAAAUAUUGCUGUAAUUGCUAUUUCUUCUUUUAAAUGUUUAAUACUUGUAAAGGUAUUCAUUUGACAUUGUGUGUUACCUACAAUGCGAAGAGAUGGCACAGCCCUGCAGCCUAAGAAAUGCUAGAGAAAAUUCGUCACGGCCAUCAGUGCCGCGGUAUCGUAAUGGUCAGUGCAUUCGCCCUUUUAGCGAAGGGUGCUGAUUCGAUUCCUGUUUGCUGCCUGGUCCGCGUGAAUUUUAUUCUAGUUUUUUUUACAAUUUAAUCAAAUUGUUAGUAUGGUAAAACAAAUUAGAAUGAGUCAAAUAAAACGAAAUAUAAAUUGUCUCAAUACUUUUUUUUCUAUCUAGAUGCUUAUGAAAUACACAAUGAGCAUAGAUCUUUAUAUUUAGAGUCUGAAACAUGAUAGACUUUUAAAAUUAAUUUAUAUUAUUAUUAUUGUGGCAUAAAAACUAUGUCAUUGGGCAUUCGUAUGACAGUUGUAUUUAAACUUUUACAACAAAAAAACAAAAUAUAUUUUAACUAUAUUUUUGAAUGUAUCAAAUAAUUUUAAAUUCCCACCAAAAGUGCUCUUGUAGAUAUGAUAUUCAAUAAAUCAAUUAAAUUCUAUGAAUCUUCACUUAAAUUUUAUUAUUUAUUUUAAAUUUAUGCAGUUUAUUGUUGAAAAUAAUAUGAUAAUAUCUAUCAUUAUUAACUGCAAGGAAACGGCACAAAAAUAUCUACUACAUAUGGUAGAUACUAGACUUGCAACGAAUAUUCGGUUACUAUUCGGUAUUCGGCCUAUUCGGCUGCUUUUAUUAUAUUCGGCCGAAUACCGAAUAUCUACAUAUUAUUCGGCCGAAUACCGAAUACUUAAAAAAUAUAUUUUGUCAUAGAGAAAUAAUUGGUAAAAUGAAAAAUUAAAAUCGAUCGAUUACGUAUAUAUUCAUAUUUUCAUUUCUGUUAUAUAAUCAUUUAAGUAGUCAUUGGUACAUAACACAGGUACAUAAUCAUCUUAUAAAUUUGAAAAAUGGAGGAAUCUAUGUAGGUAUUUGAAUUAUUGUGGUAAUCAAAAUUUAGAAGGGUAAGGUUCUCAUUUCUUUUAUAAUCAUUUAUUAAGUAGUCAUUGUAAUACAUAAUUUAAUCAUUUUCUGUAUUAAACAAGUUAACAGUUUUUAAUUCAUUCAGUCAUGUGAUGAAUGGUUACAUAUUAGCAAUUAUUAAACGCCGUUUUUUGGCCAUAUCUCAAAAGUUGGUUUUGUCCUUUAGCCGCAUUUUAGCUUGAGGACGGCAGAUUAGAACAAAACAAAGAAGCGCAACAAUCACGUCUGUACAAGUUUUUGGCGCUAAAAUCUAGCCGAAUACUUUUGCCUAAUAUUCGGCUAUUCGGUCAGGGGCCUAGCCGAAUAUUCGGUAUACUGCCGAAUAUACUAUUCGUUGCAAGUCUAGUAGAUACGCUCGUCGCCACACACGCACACAUUGGCUGCUUUCAAACAAUCCGAUAUUAGAAAUAUGCACACUUUGCACGUAACCUGAGCCGUUUUCUUUGUUUGGUUUAUUUGAACUGUUCUAUCUUGACCUUAUAUAUACACGUCAAUUUUAAUUAAAAGCAUGUUUUAAACGAUGACGUGGUACAGUAAACGAAAUUCUAUUAAGUCCAUGAGUUAGAAAAUCAAAAAUAAGAUACACUUAUAUUAAAAUACCAAGACACAUUCGACCCAUCCGAUUUGCAAAUCGAAAUAUAUUUGUAAUGUUUUGUGUUAAUAAAAAAAUACGUGUUUGUUUCUUAGGUGUUCACGCACAUCACUCAUUAAAUAAAACUAGUUUUUUACGAAACGUCAAUAAAUAAAUAAAGUUUCGUGCAUUAACCCGUAUAAAACUAGUUUUAUUUAAAAAAAUACGUGUCCUAUACUUUUCGAUAAUCUAUCUACCUGAUAUAAAUAGACUAAGAGAAAUGAAUCUAUUACCAACUAAGAUUUAUCAAAAAACUUUUUUUUUUAUAAAAAAUGCCCUUGUUUGUUACUACAACUUCCGUCCAAUGCGUUUAUGAAACACUAUCUAUUAAUAUAUUUUUAAUUAAUUAUUAUUAUUGUAAUGAUAUUUUUAUUAAAUUAAGGACUUUUUUUAUACUUUCUUUUUUCCUAAUGGCUGAGCUACUCUCUAAAUUUCCCGCCAUUACAUGGAAUGUUUUCUAAAUAUUACCAUAUUUAAAAAAUGUGUUUAUAUCUGUUCUUGUUGUAACGAUUGAUGUAAUUAAUAUUGACAAUUUGUGCCUGUCAAGUGCCUACUUACAUUUUAAACUAUAAUUAUAUAUUUGACUUCAAUAACUAAUAAGUUUAUAGAAACGAAUAUAUGAAAAUCUCGAAGCCAUGUAAGGGAAACCGUAAAUAAGAAGGAGUUAUUUGGUAUUUUAAGAGAAGCAAUAUUAGAAAAAGAAUACGUAUUUUAUGUUAAGUUUGUGUAUGGAGACACAGGUCUAAAGUUUUUCAGAACUGUCAUAUUUCUCUGUCUUUGAACUUUAAGAUGCUUCAUAUUAGACCCAUAAUCGAUCGAUAGAAAAAAUUACAAAACCUUAGAACCUAACAAACGAUCUUCAACCUUUGCUUUUAAGCAAUAAGGUGGAAAUCAAUUGAAGCGUUUUGACACUUUGCAGUUGCCAUACAAACCUCGACGUUGCAAAAUGGUUUAAAUCACAGAACAUAGAAAGAGGUUAGGAGGGCCUUGUGGACGGGGCAGGCGCGCCACAGUUAUGUGUGAGCAAAUGCUCAUAACUUGGCCAAAACUUGGUUCUGAUUGCAUCGUUGCUCACGGUUGUGAGCGCUGAUUGGUUCGAUUGUUUGAUGCCGCUUCAUUUGAUUGGCUAUUAUCUUUUAGGUGGAAAAGUAGUGGGGGCGAGCCGGCGACAUCCGAUUAGGUUCCCGUACAAAACGGUCUAAGAACAGCCUUCUAACCUCUUUCUGUAUUCUGUGGUUUAGAUCCAAGUUGUAUUUAAAUUUCACUCUAUUGAGAAUUUCUAAUGGGAGACAAUUUUCAUUGUUAAAGCGAGACAUAAGAAUGCUAUUAUAGCGGCUUCUCGCUUCAAAGGCUGUCUGUCUGACGUCGAGAGGUUUAUAGAAUGCCGAAUAGACCCAACGAUGCACAUUUAAAUUAGAACAUUAUAUUUGCAUAUAAGUAAUUAAUGUAAUUUGGUAAAUACAAUAAUGAAGAUUCCAUCCAUAAUAUUGUGAUUAUUUUCUGUGUGUAAUGUACUUAGAAUAAAUUGAAUUUUUGUAUACAACUAUGUAUUUUAUUUACGAAUUCACUUAAAAAAAGGAAGCAACUUUUGCAUUGGUCAGACUUCGGAUGGUUGACCAAAAGUUUGCAUUGGCCAGACAUCAGAUGGGUGACCAAUAAUGUAUUAAAUUUAACCUGUGCUUCAUUGAUGGCUCUGACGAUGCGUUUAUGAUUGUUUGAAGUAUGAUCGCAGUUAGCAGCGCGCAUUUGAAGAAUGCUAAUUAUUGAAAGCAUAUUGUGGAAUCAGACAUUCCUAAAUAAAACAUUUAUUUUUCGUUUUCAUGAAAUGACACAAAGUUUUAGAAUGUUUCGUCCCUACCGGAAUUAUUAUUACAAAACUG